AUGGUAAUGCUGUGCAAUUUGCUCUAUAUUCAAGCUCUUCUUUUUACUAUCUCUGCGUACUUUUUCACUACCCCAGAGCACUUAGGAGGUCAAGAAGGUGUGAGAGAGAAGUUUACAGUGGAGCAGCCGGAGCUGGGAGCACAGGAGAAUGGAAACCAGAAGACUGGUUGGAUCACGAUUACUUUCAGGCUGCUCCGAGGAAUCUCCAGCAGCACGCCUGCCCGCCCGUUUCUGGUCCCGGAGAUGACCCCGUCCCCCGUGCUCCCAGCUGAUGAUGUGCCCUUCAGUCAGGACCUGGAGGAUCCUUGUGCUGUCAAGAGUCAGAGCUCAGAGAUGGCUGCUAGAGCUCCCAGGCCUGGGAAGAAGGAUUUCCGCCCACUGCUGAGGACCCUGGUGGUACCCUGUGCCCUGGAGUCACCAUCUGGCAAGAUGGAACCCAGUGAGGCCUGGAGGAAGAGCCCUGUCUGCCCUAAGAAGCCCAGGAAAGUUUUAUUUGAACCCAGAGCAUCUGAGAAAGAUCUGGAUGCAGAAGAUCUGGCAGUGGAGGAGUUGCAAGGCAGCCCCAGCCCGCGGUGGCGCCAUGCCAUGUGCCUCAGUGACCCAGCAAUGGCUGUUCUGGUUGGUGGAGAAGGCGUCGAUCAGCGGUCCUGCAAGGAUGCGCUCUGGAAACUGGAAACUGACAGUAAUUUCUGGUUUCCAGUGGGUCUCCAGCGAGAAAAUGCUAUGCCAUCAUGCUUGCGUGGUCACACUGCUACGUAUGACCCAGACACCAAGCGUAUCUACGUCUUUGGGGGUAUAAAGGAGGACAAAGACUACAGCAGCAUCUACAUUUUGGACACAGUCACCUGGAAAUGGCUUCCUGUGGCUGCUAAAGGGCGGAUGCCAAUGCUGACUUACCACAGUGCAACUAUCUACCGCAAGGAGCUCUUUGUUUUUGGAGGGACUUUCCAUCAAACGGCAUCACAGGCAGUUGGACCCUGCAGCAAUGUGCUCUACGUCUUCAAUCCAGAGCAUGAAAUUUGGUACCAGCCCAUCUCAGAAGGGGAGAAGCCUCUGCCUAGGUUUGGGCAUUCUGCUACUCUGCUGAAGAACAAGCUGCUGAUUUUUGGCGGUCAGAGGACUUCUCUCUACCUCAGUGACAUGCACAUCCUGGAUCUGGGUUUCAUGGAGUACACACCAGUCCCUCUCCUUGCAGGACAGCCUUCUGCACGUUGUUUUCAUGCAGCUCUGGCUGUGUCGGACUGGAAGGUUCUGAUCAGCGGAGGCUGCAAUGCCAGGGGAGCCCUGCAGGACGCCUUUGUUUUUCACUUAGAUACUCUUUCAUGGAGUACAGUGAGCCACCAUGGCCUCUGCUCUGUGCCCCGAGCUGGCCACACAUUGCUUCAUCUGACUUCCCCCCACGUGAUGGCUGUAGGCAAGGAGAACAAAGAUGAGCAUAACCUGCACACAGUGUUGGUCUUUGGGGGCUCCAACUGCGCCGGGACCUUUUACAACAGCACAAUCAAGAUCCAGCUGGACCUAGAAUAA